CCCUCCCCCUUGGCUGGAGCUCACAGGCCGCGCGGGUAGCGCGAGCCCCGGAGCCCCGGAGGCCUGUGCGCCCGGAGCCGGCAUGGACCCCGAGCACUGCGCACCCUUCCGCGUGGGGCCUGCACCCGGCCCCUAUGCAGCCUCGGGGGACGAGCCUCCCGGCCCGCAGGGAACCCCCGCCGCUGCGCCUCACCUGCACCCCGCGCCGCCCCGCGGCCCGGGGCUGACCUGCUUUCUGGGCUGCGGGCCCCUGGAGCCCUACCUCCCAGAGCCGGCCAAACCGCCCGCCAAGUACCUGCAGGACCUCGGGCCCAGCCUGGCACUCAACGGCGGCCACUUCUACGAGGGCCCCGCUGAAGCUGAGGAGAAGGCCUCCAAAGCUGCCAGCUGCCCCCAGCUGCCCUUGGACUGCCGAGGGGGCCCCAGAGAGGGUCCCUCUAAUUUGCAACCCUCCCCAGGCCCCUGCCUGGCCAGCCUGCGUCUUCCUCUUUCUCCGGGACGCCCUGACUCCAUGGAGUUGGCCAAGAACAAGAGCAAGAAGCGCCGUAACCGCACGACCUUCAGCACAUUCCAGCUGGAGGAGCUGGAGAAGGUCUUCCAGAAAACCCACUAUCCUGAUGUGUAUGCCCGGGAACAGCUGGCUCUGCGCACAGACCUGACCGAGGCCCGGGUACAGGUCUGGUUCCAGAACCGCAGAGCCAAGUGGCGGAAGCGCGAGCGUUAUGGGAAGAUCCAGGAAGGGCGGAACCCCUUCACGGCUGCCUAUGACAUCUCCGUGCUGCCCCACGCUGACAGCCACCCUCAGCUGCAGAACUCCCUGUGGGCCGGUCCAGGAUCCGGGAGCCCUGGGGGCCCCUGCCUUGUGUCUCCAGAGGGCAUCCCCUCACCAUGCAUGUCUCCAUAUUCCCACCCCCAUGGGAGUGUGGCUGGCUUCAUGGGGGUGCCAGCCUCCUCUGCAGCUCACCCUGGCAUCUACUCCAUCCACAGCUUUCCCCCCACCCUGGGGGGCCACAGCUUUGAGCCCUCCUCAGACGGCGACUACAAGUCUCCAAGCCUCGUCUCGCUCAGGGUAAAACCCAAGGAGCCACCCGGCCUUCUGAACUGGACCACGUGAUCGGUCACACGGACCUGCAGACUGAGCUGCCCACCUCCUUUUCCAUUCCCAGCCGCCUCUAGCCCACCCCUGCCUGGACAUCAGGGAGGAAGCACUUCUGCCUCCAAGCCCCAGGUUCUGGAGGUCUGGGAGAGCAGCUGGCACUGUCAACCCUCAGCAGGGAACAUGUUACAGGGUCUUUUCUCUUAGAAUAAGGUGGGGCUGGCUAGGAGAAGGGGCUUCGAAGCAGGUAGGACUCUUCCUGCCACAAACUGAGCCCCGUCACCCAAACUCUGGGCUGGAGGCAGAGAGACACUGCCUUGCUUCCUCCAGCUUUGUCCAAGUCCAUUGUCAUCUCUCCAGCUAAGACAGCUUACUUAGCUCCUCGUUCAGGGAACCCAGGAAAAUGGGCGGAGGAGGGCGCCAAGUGGACUGGGGUAGCUCUUCAUGAUGAGACGGGAAACCACAAAGCGGGUCUCUGAUGAUGGGGUGGAGUCAGGCCUGCUUCCCCUCCCCACCAGCAGGGGCGCACUGGCAUCUGACACUAAGGAGGGCCUGAAGGCCAAGGUCAGCAUAGAAGGCACCUGGCGCCCCAUGCAGCGGCUCAUGCCUUGUAAUCCCAGCACUUUGGGAAGCUGAGG